AUGACCCGCAGACCCCCCGCCUACUUCCUCCAGGUCUACCUUCGCACCAAAACCAAGGAGGAGCUUCGUGCUGUGCUUUCCGACGCCGGCUGCGGGCUGUCCAGCCAAACAGAUAAGGAUGGCUUGAUCUCUCAUAUUCUCGAGCAUGCUGACACCCCACUCCCGGACUCCUGGGCUGUGGAUUUUGCUGGGAUUGCCGCUGACACGGGUAGUAGGACCGAUGUGGCCCCGGGCCCAGCUCCCGUCACCCCUCCUUCUCCUCCCCUGCCUCCUCCUCCCUCCACUCUUGAACACUCAAUGGCGCAACUGCAACAGAUGAUGACGACAUUGGCAACAAAGGUGGACCAGCAACAAGAAUACAUUGACCAACGAUUCCGUGAGCCCAUUCCUACCACGUCUACUUCGUCUGUGCCCUUGCCGCCUGCCUUUGUUCCUUCUCUUCCUUCUGCUGUCCAUGUUUCUCCUCCUUCUACUGUACCUUCUUCUGCGCCCCCAGCGCUUGCCAACCGUUCCCCGAGUACUCCCCUUCGUGGCGCUGUACCCUCCCCCAAGGUGGAUGCGCGGUCCGAGUGGGCCUAUAUUCCUCCCAGCGUGUUUGACUCUGUGGUGGAUGGCUCAUUCGAAAUCCGGGAUCUCUGGAUGCUGGAUCCCACUCGUCGUCUGGAAAUUGACAAGAUGGGCAAGGCGGUUACCAGCGGCCGCACCUGGAACAGGUCGGCUGAGCUUUUGCAGAGUACCUCUGCCUUUGCUGUUGCUGAGCAGUCUCGGUCCGCCACCAAGUAUCGUUCGAUGGACGACAUCAUUUUGCCGUGGUCGGUUUUUUGCCGUAUCCGCGAUGUCGUGCAGUCUGGUAGCGGCCACUACCUGUCUGCCCAUGUCACGCAACUGUACAUAGCCUCUUUUGCUCUUGGUAAAAACUCUCAGGCUGUUCUUCUCUACCACCUUGACGUGUGUCAGAAGCGUCUGAGUCUCGGCGACGAUGUCGUUUGGGAUGACUGGUGCUCUCUGGACCACGUCGUUCUUGAUACUCUUCUUGUCCAAGCUUUAGCUUCUUCUUCUCCUACCCCUUUGGUUUCCCGCCCUUCUUCCAUUUCUUCUCCAAGUGCUUCGCGCCUUCAGUCUUUCUGUCUUGACUGGAACCAGGGUGUGAAAUGCCGCUUUGAUCCUUGUCCUUGGCCUCACAUUUGCUCUUCCUGCCUUACAGCCGGGCAUCCGUCCCCCGCCUGCGCGUCGGCCUCGGAGGCGGUGGGUGGCACUGCGAAGGGCCACUGAGGGGGGCGCCAGCUCCUAUCACCGC